UGCGCUUGCCGUAGUUGUCAGUGCAGACUUCUCCUCAGGACGAAUGAGAGAAGAAGAUGUCUGUGUUUGAGCUGCAGCAGUAUUAAGGCAUCUUUGAAACAUGUCUCUCAAUGGAGGAGGAAGCAGAGGGUUUUACUUCAACACCGUCUUGUCUCUGGCCCGGUCGCUGGCGGCUCACCAGCAGGCACCGAUAGAAAAGGUCCAGAAGCUACAAUGCAUGUGCCCCGUGGACUUCAGAGGAGUCUUCCAGCUGGAUGAGAGGAGGAGAGAUGCCGUCAUUGCUCUGGGGAUUUUUCUAGUAGAGUCAAACCUGCAGCACAAAGAUGCUAUCGUCCCCUACCUUCUCGGGUUACUUAAAGGGCUUCCUAAAGUUCAAUGGAUUGAAGAAAGCUCAGAACGCAAAGGUAGAGGUAAAGAUACACUUCCUGUGGCAGAGAACUUCAGCUUCUGUCUUGUAACACUGCUCUCAGAUGUUGCUCAGCGUGAUGAGACCUUACGAGGACAGAUCCUGGAGGCUGUCAUGGACAUCAUGCAGGUGCUGCAAGACAUCUGUAAGAAUCCAGAGGCUCAUGAUAAAGACUACCUGUGCAGAUACACUGUGCCCACCCUGCUCGGUGUUGCCCGAGCAUUUGGCCGAUACACCAACACUGAUGAGCCUUUACUGUCCAAGCUGUUCCCUCGACCGGUUGCUCCUGUGCUGCCCACGGGUGACGAGAGCGACGCUGCCCGCCGGAGGUCCUUCAACGACUUCCGCUCCAUCCUGCCAAGCUCUUUGCUCACAGUGUGUCAGGGAGACACUCUGAAACGAAAAGGCUCCUCAGUGUCCAGUGUGUCACAACAGGCCAGUCCAGAGAGAGCAGGCCUGACCCCCAGCUCCCCUGCUGAUCCCUCUGCACAGUACUUUGAAGGCUCAUACCUCCCCGACGGCAGCGCAGUGGACCCCGACUACUACUUUUCCACCAUCAGCUCCAGCUUCUCUGUCUCCCCUCUUUUCACUGGAAGCAGCUCUGGAGAGUUUCAUGUGCCUCUGGAUAUGCUGCGACAACUCCUUCUCAUGGUUGAACAGUUUGUCUCGGAGUCAUUUUUAAAGUCACUGGACGACACCCUGGCAGAACUUCUGGAGUUGAGUCCUGGUCUUCAUCUGUACUACAAGACCUUCAGUGAUCCUCUGUAUGUAGCCAUAUUUAAAAUGCUGAGAGAUACCCUGUACAAUCUGAAAGACCUGCAGACAGACUAUGUGAAGGAGGUCCAUGACUUUGUGCUGGAGCAGUUCAGCAGCAGCCAGUCGGAGCUGCAGAGGAUCCUGCACGAUGUCGAGUACCUCCAGAGUGAGCUGAGCCCGCUCAAACUGCGCUGUCAGGCCAACGCCGCCUGCGUGGACCUCAUGGUGUGGGCUGUCACCGAGGAGCAGGGAGCUGAGAACCUUUGCACCAAACUGUCAGAGAAGCUGCAGUCUAAGACGUCCAGUAAAGUCAUCAUCGCUCACAUGCCCCUCCUCAUAUGCUGCUUACAGGGCUUGGGUCGUUUGUGCGAGCGCUUCCCUGUCGUUGCCCACUCCGUCACCAUGUCACUGAGAGACUUUUUGGUGGUGCCCUCUCCUGUUUUGGUGAAGCUGUAUAAAUACCACAGCCAGUACACUCCAGGGAGUGGAGAGAUAAAGAUCCACGUGACCAAUGAACAUUCCCAGUCAACCCUCAGCACCCAUUCUAGUAAGAAGAGCCAGCCCUCGAUGUACGAGCAGCUGCGGGACAUCUCCAUAGACAACAUCUGCAGGUGUCUGAAAGCUGGACUGACGAUGGAUAACGUCAUUGUGGAAGCUUUUCUCGCCAGUCUGUCCAACCGUCUCUACAUCUAUCAGGAAAACGACAAGGAUGCCCACUUGAUCCCUGACCACACCAUCAGGGCUCUGGGUCACAUUGCCGUGGCCUUACGGGACACCCCCCGGGUAAUGGAGCCCAUCCUACAGAUCCUACAGCAGAAGUUCUGUCAGCCCCCCUCCCAGCUCGAUGUCCUCAUCAUAGACCAGCUUGGCUGCAUGGUCAUCACAGGCAAUCAAUACAUCUACCAGGAGGUGUGGAAUUUGUUCCAGCAGAUCAGCGUCAAGGCCAGUUCUAUGGUCUACUCAACCAAAGACUACAAAGACCACGGAUACAGACACUGUUCCUUGGCUGUGAUAAACGCUCUGGGUAACAUAGCAGCGAACCUUCAGGCCGAGCAGAUGGUCGACGAGCUGCUGGUCAACCUGCUGGAGCUUUUUGUUCAACUGGGCUUAGAAGGGAAGAGAGCCAGUGAGAGGGCCUCAGACAAAGGUCCAGCUCUGAAGGCAUCGAGCAGUGCUGGAAACCUCGGUGUCCUAAUUCCAGUUAUUGCAGUACUGACUAAGAGGUUGCCACCAAUUAAGGAAGCAAAGCCACGUCUGCAGAAGCUCUUCAGGGACUUCUGGCUCUACUCUGUCGUCAUGGGAUUUGCAGUGGAGGGUUCAGGUCUGUGGCCAGAGGAAUGGUACGAAGGAGUUUGUGAGAUUGCGACCAAAUCACCGCUGCUCACGUUUCCCAGUGGAGAACCUUUACGUUCGGAGCUGCAGUACAACUCUGCACUGAAGAAUGACACUGUCACCCCGGCGGAGCUGAAUGAUCUGCGAAGUACUAUCAUCAACCUGCUGGACCCUCCUCCUGAGGUGGCUGCACUCAUCAACAAAUUGGACUUUGCCAUGUCCACAUAUUUGCUGUCUGUGUACAGAUUGGAGUACAUGAGGAUGCUGCGUUCUCUGGACUCUGAUCGUUUUCAGGUCAUGUUUCGAUACUUUGAAGACAGAGCGAUACAGAAGGAUAAAUCUGGCAUGAUGCAGUGUGUGAUUGCUGUUAGCGACAAGGUUUUUGAGGUCUUCCUGCAGAUGAUGGCUGAAAAAGCAAAAACCAAAGCCCACGAGGAGGAGCUGGAACGGCACGCUCAGUUCCUCCUGGUCAACUUCAACCACAUCCACAAGAGGAUCCGCAGAGUGGCUGACAAAUAUUUGUCCGGCCUGGCUGAAACUUUCCCCCACUUGUUAUGGAGCGGCCGAGUGCUGAGGACCAUGUUAGACAUCCUGCAGACGCUUUCCCUCUCACUCAGUGCAGAUAUUCAUAAAGAUCAACCUUAUUAUGACAUCCCAGACACGCCGUACAGAAUCACUGUCCCAGAUACAUAUGAAGCCAGAGAGAGCAUAGUGAAGGAUUUUGCUGCUCGCUGUGGGAGAGAUCCUUAAAGAGGCCAUGAAGUGGGCUCCGUCUGUGACCAAAUCCCAUCUACAGGAGUAUCUGAACAAACAUCAGAACUGGGUGUCGGGUCUCUCCCAGCACACAGGCCUGGCCAUGGCCACAGAAAGCAUCCUGCACUUUGCUGGUUACAACAGGCAGAGUACAACUCUGGGG